AAAAAACAAUCAAUUCCACUGAAUCUUUAACGUUUAAAUUGAUACUGAUAAUACGCAUCGGUAGAUGAAUCAAACAGUUGGGUGGGUCUAAAUUGCGUUGACAAUAUUUUUAAAUACCAUGGACUCCGGACUCUAGACCACUAAUCUAUAUUAUAUUAUACUACUACCAACUAGUCGAUGGGGAAAACUUUGAUUUCGUGUUGAGUGUGGCCGUAUAGAACAUGAGAAUCUUUUUAUAGUUAUCCGGUGCCAUGAUCAGUCGUCGUUCGCAUGUGACGUGUGAACUGCAUACAUCGGGUUUAUUUAAAUCAAUCGCUAAGAGUGAUUAACAAGAUCAGACUUCUAUAACUUCUUGUUUUAAAAUUUAUUUAAUUUUUCGUUAUAACAUACUCGAUCACCGUAACGGGUAAAGGUGAUACGUUCGAAUACGUGUUAAGUGCUUAAGUGGAAUUAUUGUCACAGCCACAAAGGGUUGUUUAGGUACUAAUGACAGAGGAAAAACAUGAAAUACAGUCGAAAGCACAAAUGGAAAAUCUACAGACGAUCCAAAACAAACGUAACUCCUUGAAACUGAUAAUAUUGGUGGCGUUGACGAUCCAAACUGCUAUUCUUUCUCUCAGUAUGUUUUACGCAACUUCACGGCCCGGCGACAUGUUCAUCACGUCUACAACUGUCUUCUUGGCUGAGACAGUUAAACUCGUUGUAAGCUUGAUGUUGGUCUACCAGACUGAAUCCAUAUCAUGGAAACAUCUCAUAUCCAUACUAAACAAAACAAUCAUUAAACAACCUAUGGAUACAUUGAAAGAUUGUAUACCGUCUUUGGUGUAUGUAAUACAAAACAAUUUGCUGUACGUCGCGACUUCAAACUUAGAUGCAGCUACCUGUCAGAUCACUUUGCAGCUUAAAAUAUUUACUACAGCUUUAUUCUCAGUGCUUAUACUAAAACGUAAACUUUUGAGACAUCAAUGGAUUGCACUAGCAGUAUUGAUAGCUGGUAUUGUUCUUGUUCAGCUUGAUAAUUCAACUGAUAAAACUCAAAAAACACAUCCAGAACAAAACCGGUGGAUUGGACUACUGUCUGCGCUUGUUGUAUGUUUUUUGUCUGGAUUUGCUGGAGUUUAUUUUGAAAAAAUAUUAAAAGGAGCUGAAAUAUCAAUAUGGAUGAGAAAUAUUCAAUUGAGUUUUGUUUCUAUACCAUUAGGUGUCAUUGUGAGCCUUAAAGACUGGACCAAUAUUUCCAAUAAAGGGUUCUUCUAUGGAUAUGAUCUUUACAUAGUAUAUUUGAUAUGUUUACAAGCGGCUGGAGGACUUAUUGUAGCAAUGGUUGUAAAAUAUGCUGACAAUAUAUUAAAAGGGUUUGCCACUUCAUUAGCAAUUGUUGUGGCAUGUGUUUUCUCAAUGUAUUUCUUUGACUUUACAAUAAGUAUUCAGUUUGUGGUUGGUACAUUUUUAGUAAUGCUUUCAAUAUUUUUGUAUAGUUAUACUAAGGGAAAUAAAUCGCCUAACUUAAAUACUAUACAAAAAGCAUAAAUAUCUAUAAGAUAUCACAAUUUU